UCUGACAUUGUAAUUUGUAUUUUGUGGAAUUCAAAAUUGGAAACCCCGAACCGAGCCAUGGUUUCGCGUCGAAAAUUGCUUCUUGCUCUCAUUACACUGGUCUCCUCUGGAGCACCUAUGGGGUCAAAGAAGGCUACAGCUAUAAACAACUCUGGGGUGACACCAGGUCUGUGUGGCACCUGGGUUAAAGAGGCUCACGGAGGGUCUUUCACAUCUCCUAACCAUCCUGACCAAUAUCCUCCUGACAGAGAAUGCAGUUACAUAAUAGAAGCUCCUCCGAGACAAUGUAUCGAUUUGUACUUCUAUGAAAAGUACUCUAUAGAGCCAUCAUGGGAGUGUAAGUUCGACCACAUUGAGGUCAGGGAUGGUCCAUUCAGUUUUUCCCCCAUCAUUGGCCGAUACUGUGGACAGGAGAGCCCACUGUACAUCAGGUCAAGUGGGCAAUACCUCUGGAUUAAAUUUGUCACAGACAGUGAACUAGAGGCCACUGGCUUCUCUGCAAGAUACAAUUUCACUCAAGAUCCUGAUUUUAAAGACUUCAACAUCCCCCUGUCAUUGUCACCAUGUGAGUUUGAGAUGAGUGGGCCUGAGGGAAUUGUGGAGUCUGCACUGGUGAUGAAGGAAGUUGGCAUCAUGCAGACGGAGGCGGUAGACUGCAGGUGGUUCAUCCGCGCACCGCCUGGCUCAAAGAUUUACCUGCGCUUCCUGGAGUACGAGAUGCAGAACUCCAACGAAUGCAAGCGCAACUUCGUGGCCGUGUAUGAUGGCAGCAGCUCCGUGGAGCACCUGAAGAACAAGUUCUGCAGCACGGUGGCCAGUGACAUCAUGCUGCUCACGGCGGUGGGCAUUGUGCGUAUGUGGGCAGAUGAGGGGAGCCGCAGUGGACACUUCCGCAUCCUCUUCACCACCUUCCGAGAGCCGCCAUGUGACGGAGAUGCUUACUUCUGCCAAAGCAACAUGUGUAUUAACCACACACUGGUUUGCAAUGGGAUACAGAACUGUGUGUAUCCGUGGGAUGAGAACGGAUGCACAGAGAAAAGGAAAGCCACCAUCUUGGAGACCCUGGACAGCACCAAUGUGACCAUUAUUGGCAUGACCUGUGGUGUAGUGCUCCUCCUGCUUACUGCGUCCAUUGUCAUCCAGGUCAAGCAGCCGCGCAAGAAGUGUGUCAUGAGCCAUGACAACUUUGACCCCGGCCUCCUGCACCAGGCCUUGGAGCUGCCCUGCUACGAGCCAUGUACAUCGCGUCUGGGGGCCGGGGCCCUGCCAGAGGAUUUCCUCUGGCUACAGCACGCGUCCUCCAGAUGUGUGCACGGACACCACUGCGGCUCCAGUGGGCGAAGCAGCCACAUCGACCUAAGCAUGCAUGACACAAGUUCUGACCUAGAAGAAAUGCAGGCCCCGCCCCCACCAUUAGCCCCGCCCCUUCUGCACCACACCAGCCCCCGCAGCCAAGGAAGGGUUGUGGUGAUUCACAGCUACUUGCAGGAUGACGCUACCGAGACAUGCGAGUUGCACAGUGAGCUGGAGGAUGAGCCAUCAUGCAGCAUAUGAUAGUGGGUAUGGACAAGCCCAUUAACAAUUUAAAAAAUAAUG